AUGUGUCGAUCUCGCUUGAUUUUCACCCUUCAGACUGAAGGGCUGUCAAGAGAGCUGGCGGCAGAACAAGGUGAAACUGUCUUUAAAAACGACCAAAAAAAAUCUACCAAGAACGAACAACGACAAACAAUACAGCGCGUGGCUCGUAUCAACCGCGCAGUGUCUGACAAUGUGAUGUGUGACAACCGACGUGAACGUCCAGAGAAUUGCUCCCUCACUUACUCAGUGCGGAAGACCUCCCGAGAGAGAACGCUAGAAAUGCCAGCAGGAGACACUCAAAGAUAUGGAAACAGUGCUCUUAGAUGUGUUAGGAAGGCAGUUCCCCGCCACUUGCCUAAACUUAUCUGA